CUGUCUGUAUUAUACUGUCUGUACUGUAAUGUGUCUGUACUGUAAUGUGUCUGUCCCCCAGGACUCUAAGGACCUGUACAGUGAGUGUCUGCGUACGUUCUGGUCCUGUCCCCACUGUGACCUGUACAGUCCCGUCACACCGCUGGAGAGGAUGAGCCACGAAGCCACCUGCAGGCCGCCUGGGGAACAGCAGGACAACCAGGACAAAGAGGGUGACGACGUGAAGGCAGCCUCCUCUUCCUCCUCUGUGUCCAGUCUGGCCAGAGUCUACCACUGUGAUGUCUGUGACAAGGACCUGACACUCACUUCUACAGAGAUCCUCAAACACAAGAGACAGCACAUGCACUCUGGACGUUGAAAACAGAGAUCCUUAAACACCCAAGAGACAGCACAUGCACUCUGGACGUUGAAAACAGAGAUCCUUAAACACCAAGAGACAGCGCAUGCAGGUUGAGAGAGAAGUUUCCUGCCUAGAUCACCUGAUCAGGACAAAGUAAUGACCUCCAAUUAACUGCUAUGACGAAACUGAAGGGGUUUAACGUUUUAUAAUAAAAUAAAAAGUCACGCCUCUUUU